AUUACAUCCGAUGGUGUAGACACAACUGGAAUAAAAUGGGGGGAGUGCGUGACUAAGAGGCAAAACGGAAUGCGUAGUUGGAAAACCAAAUCCAAAAUUUCAAACAAUCAAAAGUUUUCGUGUUCUGAGUUGACCUAUCCUCGUUCAGUUUUCAGCAAUUUUUAGGCUCUAUUUCUUUCUUUUCUCUCUUUUGCCCAAUUCCAUCUCCAAUUUCACAAUCUUCUGUCUACGCUCGUAAGCUUCUUCGGUCUCGGUUUCGAUUCGAUUGUUUAUGGAGAUAUAGAUAAAUGACGGGAAAAGGCGUCUCAAGAGAGCACUUUCAGCCCAAGACUUGUUCUGGGAAGAGAGAGGAUGUUAGAAAAAUUGUGUUUAUUGAUGUAGACAGUGAUCAAGUUGAUGAGGUGGUGAUCAUAGAUUACCCCGAGUUCAUGUCUAAGUCGCAUGGAUCUGGUGCACCGAGUAGAGACCGGGUAUGUACGCCGCAGAGUGUUAUAAGCAUUGAUGAUGACGAUGAUGAGGAAAGUGAUGAUGCGGAGAUUCCUGGAGUUGUUGCUGGAGGUGUUGGGGAAUUGGAUAGCGAUGCCUCAUCUACCAAAAUGUCUUCUCCAGACUCAAGUGCUGUGCGAGAUUCUAUUGACAUAGAUGUUGAUGAAAAUGGUGUCCGUGAAAAGGAGUCUGAAUUUGACGGGGUAAAAAAUCGGAAAGCAGGGCCUGGAGAGGGCACUUCAAGAAAUCGCUACGGUUUGGAUGGGUCUGAAAGUGAGUCAUCAGAUAGUGAUUGCUCUGAUUGCGAACUCAUGGAUCGGGAACAGUGGGAAAAGAUUUCGGUUAAGAGAAAGCGCACUGGGUUUAAUGACCAACCUUGUUCUGAUGAACAUGCUAGUUCUUCUGGAUUACAUUUUAACAAUAAUGUAUGCACUGAUUUUGAUGAGGAAAAUAGGAAUCGGGAGAAUGCUGGGGGUACAACUCAUUUUUGUCCCACUAAUGGUGAAAAUGUUGAGAAGAAUCAAUCUUCCUUUCCUUCUGAUUGGGAGACUUUUAAAUCUUCUUUGUUUGAAUUCACAGAGACGGAAAUGCAAUCAUUGCAUCAAAGCUGCGAAAUUGAGCACGGAAGAAGUACAAGAAGCAAAGAUUUGUCUCCCGGCACCCAGAAUGAGAGCAACGAUUUCUGUAAUGAUGUUACUGGUGUUUCAAGGUUCAAUAAAGAAUUCAGUGGUGAGGAGUGUGGCUUAUCGAACUUGAGUCAAGAGGCACAAAAAAAUCGAGUUACCAAUCCUGAACCUACAUUGAAGAGUAAGGCUGACUCUUUAUUUGAUACGAAUUCUAAGUGUGCCUCUACUGACGAAAGACAUGUUAAUUGUGAUGGGCCUGCUUUAAAUGAUCAUCAUUGUGGCCUUACUGGUACUACUUCAAAUGAGAGAGAUAUAAUUAAUGAAAGAGAAAAGCUUAAGGAGACUGAUGAGUAUAAGCUAGCAAUGGAAAAAGAAUGGGCAUCUAGGCAGCUCCAAUUGCAAAUUCAGGCAGAGGAAGCACAGAUGUUACGCAAAAGAAGAAAGGCUGAAAAGCGCAAACUGGAUAUGCAAAGAAGGCAAAAGGAACGCAUUGAAGAAGUGAGAGAGUCCCAAAAGAAGGAUGAAGAAUUUAUGAACCUGAAAGAGCAACUGCGGGUUGAAAUACGGAAGGGGCUUAAUCAUUUGGAGAUGCAAUGCCAUGAUAUGACCUCAUUGCUUCGUGGCCUAGGAAUACAUGUGGGAGGAAGCUUUACCCCUUUGCCCAAUGAGGUUCAAGCAGCCUAUAAACGUGCCUUGUUUACGUUUCAUCCUGAUCGUGCAUCAAAAACUGACGUUCGUGCACAGGUUGAGGCCGAGGAGAAGUUCAAGCUCAUCUCUCGCUUGAAGGAUAAGUUUCUGUUGACUUCUUGUCACUAAAGCUAACAACUGAUUAAAUAUGAUCGUCGGUAAUUGGUGUUAUAAUUGAAGCUAUUUUGCUUCAUAGAAUCGUAGCUCAUUGUUGGUAUUCAUAUCUUAACUGUAUCUAUUAGUAGUCUCCCCCGUUCAUUCCCCCAAAAUCUAUAGCAGAUAAUAGGUUAAUGGACUAUAAAAUAUGUGAAGAUUUUGUUUCUUAUUAGAAAUGCCAUUUUUUUUUUCCAGAUGGACAGUAAUAUUGAUAUUAUUGUCCUCUCAUCUUGCUAA